AUGAUAUCAAGCUCUAUUGAUAGUGGGAAUUAAGGUGGGACUCCAAAAUAAUCCACAGCUGCAUAUGAAGAAUUUAUGAACUGGAAGAAAAGUCAUCAAGGGCCAAUCGUGUCAUCAGAUAUUACAAUCAUUAAAUCAGCUAAGCCUGCUGAAUAAGCACCAAAAUAGGCAGUUUAACCUAGAGCUUAGCCAACUUCUCAGUUCAAGUAAAACUAAGGAAAGUACUAACCUAUUCCACCUCUAAGAUCACAAAACGGAAACAGUAUGAGUGGAUUGUAGAAUCCAGAAGAUGAAGAUUCAAAGAUAAGUAAAAAUUAGAAGUUCUAGGAAAUUAAAAAGAAGCAGGCUGAUUAUUAUAAUAAUAACAAAAAGAAGCGAUAAUACAAUCAUAUUGGAGCCUAGCUUGAAGCAGUUCGUAAUAGGACUAUCACUGCUGAAGAAUAUGAAGAGGAGUAGCAAAUGGAAGAACAUGAGAGAUAGUAGUAGGAACAAAGUGAGCAGAGAAAGAAGUAAUUCUACUAGAAAUGGCUAGAAAAAAAGAGUACAGAUUUUGAGUAGGAAAAAAUUAUCUUGAGAGACCCUAAGGCAAAGUUAAUUACUUUUGAAAUGGUAUCAAUCAAUAGAUUCGCUGUGUCUUAAAAUUUCUUCAUGCCUGAGGAAAUCGUAUUAAUUCUUAAAAAGUAAGGAGGAGCUUAUGAUUUUUAGCAAAGAGAAUGGGUAAUAAGUCUCAAUAAAUAUAAGGAAGUUGCUAUGGAAAUAAGUUAGCUCUGCAGAGCCAAAAUAAUUGAUCUUGAUCCUAUUCCUUAAGUUGCUUUUGAUAUAAUGGAAUACAGAAUCCCUUUUACAGAUGAGAGUAAGAAAAAUCUGAUUGGUUAUGACUACAGCCAAGAUUAGUUAUGCAAACCCUCACUUCAUCAACUGCCUCCUAGUUUAUAUCACAGGUUAUACAAUUUUUAGAAAGUGGGUGUGCAAUUUGGUGUUGAUCAUUUUGGUAGAAUUAUUUUAGGAGAUGAAAUGGGAGUUGGCAAAACAAUUCAAGCUAUUUCAAUUGCAUAUUUAUUUUAGAGAGAUUGGCCUGUUCUUAUUAUUACACCAUCAUCUUUGAAGUUCUCAUGGAGGGAUGAGCUCCUUUAAUGGAUAGAACAUUUAAGGCCUGAUCAGAUCUAGGUAUUUUUGAAAUCUACAGAAGAUUUUGAUCCAAAUUCUUGUAUAUACAUUAUGAGUUAUGUGAUUGCUACAAAAUUAAGUGCUUUUAUAGAAAAGAAAAGAUUUAAAAUAGUUAUUGCUGAUGAAGCUCAUUACCUUAAAUCAAGAGAUAGUUAAAGAAGCAAAUAUUUGGUGCCACUAAUCAUGAAAGCAAAAAGGUGUUUACUACUGUCAGGAACUCCAAUUCUGGCCAGACCGAAUGAGCUUUAUAAUUUAUUGAGAAUAUUAAGGCCAGACAUAUUCUACUCAUUUAAAGAAUUUGGGCUCAGAUAUUGCAAUCCAAGAGAAAGUUAUUUUGGAAUCGAUUGGACAGGUUCAGCUAACAUGAGAGAACUCCAUUUAAUGCUUGAGAAAGCUCUUAUGAUUAGAAGAUUGAAGUCUGAAGUACUUUAAGAAUUACCAGCCAAAAGAAGAUAAAGAAUCAUCGUUCCAACUGACAUUCAUUGUGUGAAAAAGAUUAAUUUUAUGCUAAAAAAUGUUAAAAAAUGGGAUGAUAAAAUGACUAAUUAGCAAGGUGAUGAUGAGAUUCGAUAGGCAGUUGCUGAUGAUUUUGACUAGCUAUAAGAAAAUGCUAAUAUUCUUAAUGAUCCAAAUCUUAGUGCACUUGAUGAUAAGUAUGGGUAUCUAUUAAACGCCUAUGCUAUGACUGGUACCGCAAAAGUAAAAGGUGUUAUAGAGUUUCUUGAUAAUCUAAUUGAAAAUAAGUGCAAGUUUAUAGUUUUCGCUCAUCAUUAUGAGGUCUUAGAUUAAGUUGAAGACUAUAUUGUUAAGAAAAAAGUUUAGUAUAUUCGAAUCGAUGGUAGAAUUGAUACAGCAAAAAGAUAUGAUGCUGUGAGAAAGUUUCAAACAAAUCCCAAUAUUUUAGUUGGUGUUUUAUCCCUUACAGCUUCCAGUUAAGGUAUCACAUUAACUGCUGCAUCUACAGUAGUGUUUGCUGAAAUGAAUUGGACUCCUGGUAUAAUGGUCUAAGCUGAGGAUAGAGCUCAUCGUAUAGGCUAAGUUCAAUCAGUUAAUGUUUACUAUCUUUAUGGGGAAAAUACUGUUGAUUCUAUGAUUUAUCCAAGAUUAAAAUUGAAAUCAGAGGUAUUUGCAAAUGUAUUGGAUGGAAAAUAAACCGAAUUCAAAAUGGAUGGUGAGGAUGAUGAAACUUAAAAGUCAACCCAAGGCCCUGAAGAUGAGGAAACAAAGAAAAGAAUGAAUAAAGAAGCCAAAUUGAUUGAAAAAGCAUUGAGUAAUGAAGACUAGAGGAAGUUUUAGCAAACAAAUAUAUCAGAUUUCUUUUUCAGUAGUGCUGUAAACUCAACUUGUAGCAAUACAGUAAAUUAAAAUAACAACAACUAACCCUACUAAGAAUAAACUCAACAAAAUUCUUAAAAUGGUUCUUAAAAUAAUGAACAAUAGACUACCAAUUAGCAGUUUAAUUUAGAAUUUGAGUUUGAUAAUCCUGAUAUAGAUUAUGACAGACCUCCAACUCCUCCCUUAGCAUCAGCGAAUAUAAAUCUCAUUGAGUACGAAAGAAUUGAUAUUGAGGAGGAAAAUUGGAAUGAAGGAUCAGAUUCAAAAUGGAAAGCCUACUAAACUAUGAGAAAGCACAGAUAAAAGAUGUCACAUGAAGAAAGGUAAAUUAAAAAGCAUCAAGCUAAGAUAGGAGGAAUGAAUUUAAAUACAGGAGAUUAGUAUAAUGAUGGGAUAGAUGAUUUUCAAGAAUAGUUAGAAAAGAAAAAAUCUAUGAGAGAAGCUUAUAAUAAGGCAUGGAAAGAAUAUAAUUAUAACAAUUACAAACCUUAUAAACCAGGAUAUGGUUAUAAGACUAAAGCUAGUGGAGGUAAGCCAUUUUACACUAGCGGGAAGAAAUUCAACAAGUCUUAUUAUGAUCCACAAAGAGCUGAGAAAUAUAAUGAAUAUCAAGAGUUUAGAAAGUAGAUCGCAGAGAGUGAGGAAAAUUUUUUAUAAAGACUACCUUAAUAGGAUCCAACAUAGUAUGUUUAAAAAUUAAGAGAAACUCAACAUAUGACAGGGGAAUCAUAAUAUGACACCUAUAAAUAAGUACCAGAGAGAUAUGUAUUUGAAGGAAUUAGAUUAGAAUCAGAGGUUUAUCUCAAUGAUAUUAAGGUAUUAAUAGAAAAAGAAAAAAAUAAGAAAAAAAGAGGAAAAAAACCUCUAGUUCCAGAAGAUUUAACAGUAAAUCCUCGUGUUAAUUCGCAAGAUACCGAUGGAUCAUGCUAUUAAGAAAUGAUAAAUAGCAUAAAUUAGUCUCAAGCUACGAUCAGAGCUAACGAAUAGUAUAGUUUUAUGAACAGUGGUGAUUCUUAAGCAGACUAGUAGAAUAGCUAUCACUAGGGUAGUAAUUUUUACAAUCCUAAUUAGAUGGAUGUUCAUUAGAGAAAUUAAAUGUAUUAUAGCAAGAUAGAGAGUAAACAAAAGAAUUAAUACUAAUAAAAAAGAUUUGAAAGAUCUAACAUUAACUAAAAGGAGCAUAAUUUUGACACAGUUGAUGAAGCUGCGCUUGAGUAAAUCCUCACAGAUUCUAAGAUAGAUCAAAAUAUAAAGGAGAGUUAGCGAGAAAUUGAAGAAAUGUAGGAAAAAUUAGAAUAAUAGUAAUAAUAGGAAUAAGUAGCUCAGUAAUAAAACAAUGAAUAUUAUAAUUAUGGGAAUGAGCAAGAAAAAAGUUUCAAAAAGUAUGAAUACUAAUAGAACAAUAAUUAUAAGAAGUAUAAAAAUGGCUACAAUAAUAACUACAGUAAUAGCCACUAUAAUAAUAAUGGAGGGAAUUAUAAAAAGAAAAAUCAUUGGCAAGCAAAAUAAUAGUAGCAACAACAAUUUACAUAGCUUGGAAACGAUGGAGCAAGAUUAGAUCCCUUUACAUUCUUUGAAGCUAUUUAAAGCAAAAAAAUUGAAGAUGAAUAAUACAAUGAUUUGGGAGGACCAACAGAUCUUAAUUCAUAAAAUGGUGAGAAUAACAAUACAUAAUCACAGGCGCCCAAUCAAAACUUAAAUAAUAAUAAAUGCAGCUAGCAGCAAAAAUCAAGCGUGUUUCAUUUCAUAACAGGGAAGAAGAAAAAUAAUUUAAAGGCUUAAUGA